CCUGUACUACCAUGCCCACACGACGUAGAACAAUGCCACCACCCGACCGAGAGCAAGAUCCCUGCAGAUGAGCGCCAUUCCCGUACUCCACACUACCUGUACAUGCGUGAUACCGUUAAUUGGCUGGCUCACGCGCCCCGGUCACGUCGAUAUCGGCCCGGGUGCAUCAAGCAUCACCAGACCCUGCAGGGCUCACACACUCAUCGCACCAUGGCACUUGCGAUAGUUCUACAGUACGAGAUGCGACGAGUACUGCAUGUUGCUUUUGUCGUUAGCGUUGCAGUCUCACGCGUCUCGCCAGACAGUUUGACUCAAUUGCCGCAAGAAACAAUCUCGCGAGCCCAGACAGUUGGGAAUCGUGGCUUCGCUCUCGUUGCAUUCAGGACGGUGGAUUGGUACGAGAUAUCAAGAUUAAGAAUUGGCUCUGCAGAUGCCAUGUUUAUGGAGACCAGGCUUGUUUUGUCGUUGACGUUGCCACUUUGACAGCUUUGAAGUGGGCACUCUUCGAUACUAUAGCUGUGAAAGAGACCUUAAAAAGUUUGAGACUACACUCCACAACCAGGCCAAAGCCGGUAU